AUGACUCAUUACACUCCCAUUGCUGAUAAAAUCGUCGGGGGCUUGGGAUCUGCUGCUGUGAAAGAGAUUGCAUUGCUUUGGGGGGUCAACGACGAUCUUGAUCAGCUUAAUGAUACCAUUUCAACCAUCAAAUAUGUGCUUCUUGAUGCUGAGGAGAAGCAGAUCAACAGCCACCAAGUCAGAAACUGGCUCCGUAGGCUUGGGGGUGUAGUUGAUGAUGCCGACAACUUGUUGGACGAGUUCAACACCGAAGCUUUGCGACGACGAGUGAUGCCUGCAGGAAGUGAAAUGGUCAAGCAGGUAUGCACUUUCUUCUCUGCCUCAAACCAACUUGCUUUUCGGCACAAGAUGGGUUGUAGGAUUAGGGAAAUAAGGAAGAAACUAGAUACUAUUUCCAAUGACAGAAACUUCCGUUUAGAAGUUCGUCACGAAGAUAAUCAGGCGGUCUCUGCUAGGAGAAGGAGAGAAACUUAUUUGUUUGUCCGUCAAGAAGAGGUUAUUGGUAGGGAUGAGGAUAGAGUGGAAAUUAUUAAGCUUUUGUUGGAACAAGGUGAAUUGGAAGAGAAUGUCUCUGUCAUUCCCAUCGUGGGCAUGGGAGGGCUAGGAAAAACCGCACUUGCUCAAACUGCUUUCAAUGAGGAGACGGUCCAACAACAUUUUGAGCCAAAGAUGUGGGUGUGUGUUUCUGAUGAUUUUGACUUGAAGUUAAUUCUUCAACAAAUUAUCAAGUCUGCAACUAAAAAUAACAACAACUUGAAAGAUAAUGAUUCAAUGGAUCAAUUGCAAAACGAGCUUCGGAAUGUACUUAAUGGAAAGAGGUAUCUCCUUGUGCUAGAUUAUGUGUGGGAGGAAAAACGCGAAGAAUGGUCAACGCUUAAAGACUUGUUAUUAAGUGGAUCACGUGGGAGUAGAAUUGUAGUAACAUCUCGGAGUAAAAAGGUGACUGCGACUACUGGAUCGGUCCAGCCAUACCAAUUAGGGAUCUUAGAUGAAGAAAAAUCUUGGUCUCUGUUUGAAAAGAUGGCUUUUAAACAAAAAGAAGAGGAGAGAGACCCCGAGAUUGUGGAUAUUGGGAGGCAGAUUGUGAAAAGAUUAUUUCCUAAAGAUUACAGAAUUGAGGUCGAAACAUUAGUAAAACUUUGGAUGGCACAAGGGCUUCUCGAGUUACAAGAUCCAAGUGAUGACCAAUGUCUGGAGGAUGUGGGCUACGGAUAUUUUGUGGAAUUACUUGGAAGGUCAUUCUUUCAAGAAGUUGAAGUAGAUCAAUGGGGCGGUGUAGAAAGUUGCAAAAUGCACGAUCUCAUGCAUGAUCUCGCCAUAGAAGUAGCAGGAACAGAAAGCGCUACUGUAAGUUUGAACUCCGGAGGCAAUAUUGGCAAGGAUACUCGUCAUGUUUCCUUUGAUUCCAGUAUUAACUCGCCAAAGAAAAUUUCUUCUUCAUUGGUUCAAGCACGUAAGAUUCGGACAGUUCUUUUGCUUGAUCACAAGUCUUGGAAUAACAAAUGGUUAACUUCUGAUGCAGUAAGAUCAAAUUUCAAGUUCACACGCACUUUGGAUUUGAAUCGUUCGGGGAUUACAAUACUACCAAAGUCUAUAGGCAGUUUUAAGCAUUUGAGAUAUCUAGAUCUUUCAGGUAACUAUUUCAAGAUGCUACCCAAUUCGAUUACCAAUCUAGUGAAUCUGCAGACACUACGACUGAAUCGUUGCUCUUGCCUACGAGAAUUGCCCAGAGACUUGAAGAAGUUAGUCAAUCUCAGACAUCUUGAAAUUGAUAGGUGCGAUGGAUUGACUCAUAUGCCACGCGGAUUGAGUCAGCUGACCAAUCUUCAGACACUAUCAAGAAUUAAUGGAGGUGACCUAAAAGAAUUAAUGGGCUUGAACAACUUGAAAGGGGAUUUGAGAAUUCGGAAUCUGCGUCAUGAGAAUGACGCGGCAAGAGACUAUGAGUCUGCAAAUUUAAAGGAAAAACAAUAUCUUUGA